AUGGUGUAUGCAUUUGCAUUGCAGUAUGAAAUCAGAUCUCUUUUGCAAUACUUUAACAAUAAAGAAGAAAAAGAUAGUGGUACAGACCACCAUCUACAGUGUGAUUAUGAAAAAGAACAACUGAAAGGAUGGAAGAAAUUCCAGGAAAAUAAUCUAUUCUGUGAUGUGAAUUUAUUUGUGUGUGACACAUCCUAUGCAGCUCAUCGGAGUCUGCUGGCAGCUAGCAGUGAUUAUUUCAAAGCCAUGUUCAAGUCUAAAAUGAAAGAAAGCAGAGAAAAAGAUAUAAAAAUCAAUGCUGUCACCGAGGAGGGAUUCAAAGCAUAUUUUGACUUCUUGUACUGUGGAGAACUAGAUAUCCACUCAGAGAAUGCACAGGAUUUUAUUUCUACUGCAACGUUUUUUCAAAGCCAAGCUAUUUUGGCAUAUGCUACUUCAUGUUUGGAAUCAGACCUGUCCGUUCAAAACUGCAUUCUUUAUUUCCAAAUUGCCCAGUUGUACCACCUCCCUGCUUUGCAUAAGUCUGCUAGGGAUGCUGUCUUGAAGUGGUUUGAUGAGAUAUUGAACAACACCGUUCAGGAACUUAGUUAUGAGCAGUUGUCAGAUGUACUGCAAGAUGAAAAUAUUUGGAUUCUAGAUGAGAUUAAACUCUUCUACGGUUUAGCUAAGUGGUUUCAUUCCAACGAGGAAAUGCAUAAAGAAUGCAUUGGCAAGUUAUUGCAGUUUGUCAGAUUGUCGUUGAUUUCUGAAAAAUUGCUGAAAAAACUUUUUGAUGAAGAAAUCAGCAUGAUGAGUCUGUGUUCAGAACUGGUGAACGAGGCGAUGAAGUACCAUCAAAAAAUUUUCUCUCAGCCAAUACUCCAAACACCAAGGACACAACUACGACUGUGUAACGCGCAAGAUAAACUAGUCAUAACAGACUUCCAUUCUUAUCCUUCAAUUUGCACUUGCAACGUACCUUCCGUGAAAAGUAGUUUUGGUUUCAAAACACUUACACAUAAACCAAAUUUGUUGAUGUAUUCUUCCGCCACAGUCUUUAACAAUUUUAUGUUUAUUGCCGGGGGUUACUGUAACACGGAUAACAUUUGUUCAGCAGCAGCGUAUCGCUACGAUCCUCGUUCAAACUCAUGGUUACAACUUCCAUCGAUGAAAACGGCCCGUUGUCAUUUUUAUUUGGGUGCAUACAACAAUAAACUGUAUGCAGUGUGUGGAAUAGUUAAGAAAUCAAAUGAAGAGAAACACAAUAUUCUAACAAAAUCUGUUGAGUGUUACGAUCCUACUACAAAUGCAUGGACAUACGUCGCUUCCUACUGUAUGCCUUUGUAUGGUUUAUCAGGAUCUGUGUGCAAUAAUAAACUUUACAUCACUGGCGGACGCUACAUGACAAACUACUACAACACUGUGUCAUGGUAUGAUGAUAAAACCGACAGAUGGAAAUGCAGGAUGCGUAACAAGACAUAUAGCUGGUGUGACCAUACUACAGUCACUGUUGAUAAUAAACUCUAUAGACUCGGUGGUAGUGUUACGCCAUUCCAAGAAGCGGUUAACACAACACUAAUAUAUUAUUAUGUUCCAGACAUGCACAAAUGGGAAUUUGUUGCAAGUAUUCCCAACUCAAAUAACCUUAGACAACCUGCUGUGGCCUUCGAGGGUUGUAUUUAUAUUCUAUAUAAGGGUAACAAUUUUGGUCAUAAAUAUCUUUGGAUAGUGUAUAACACAGUGAAACAUACAUGUACUAUCCUAUCCUUUAAAUGUGUCAGUUUUCCAGUAGGUCAGGUGUCUGUGAUGAAGUGUUGA